AUGGCCAGCACUGCAUCAGACAACAAGACCCUCUUUGUCGUCAAGAACGUCGACUCAAAGCUCACGAAAAAGGAGGUGGCGACACAUCUAGGCUUAGCUUACGAGGCAUUGAGUCUGGAACAAUCCAUUCACGGCGGCAACAGUGGAACUUGUGCCUAUCAGGCUAGUGUUGUGUCUCUGGAUGAAGCCAUGGCCGUCUUCAUGUAA